AUGGGCAAAUACUACCCGCCGGACUUCGAUCCUGCUAAGAUCCCAAAGCUCAAACUCCCCAAGGACCGGCAGUAUGUGGUGCGGCUCAUGGCCCCCUUCAACAUGCGAUGCAAGACGUGUGGUGAAUACAUCUAUAAGGGGAAGAAGUUUAACGCCCGUAAGGAGACUGUUCAGAAUGAGGUGUACCUGGGACUUCCCAUCUUCCGCUUCUACAUCAAGUGCACGCGGUGCCUGGCAGAGAUCACUUUCAAGACAGAUCCUGAGAACACAGACUACACUAUGGAGCAUGGUGCCACUCGCAAUUUCCAAGCUGAGAAGCUCCUGGAGGAAGAGGAGAAAAGAAUGCAGAAGGAGAGGGAAGAGGAAGAGCUCAACAACCCCAUGAAGGUCCUGGAGAACCGAACCAAGGACUCCAAGCUGGAGAUGGAGGUUCUGGAGAACCUGCAGGAGCUGAAGGAACUCAACCAGCGCCAGGCAAACGUGGACUUCGAGGCAAUGCUGAAGCAGUACAAGGAGUACGAGGAGGAGCAGAAGCGCAAGGAGCAAGAGGAGGAUGAGCAAGAGAUGAAAGCCAUGCUGGAGCAGGCCCAGAACCGGCGGCUGCUGGUAGAUUCCGACUCUGACGAAGAGCCUGCGAAAUCGCGCACGAAGCCUGUGGCGAAAACUAAACCUACGGACAUCUUGCAGGAGGACCCUCAGCCCCAGAGUAAGAAGCUGAAGACUGAGAGCUGGGAGCGGAGCGUGGGCAAAUUGAACGCCAAGCCCCAGCUGGCCGGGCUGGUCACAGUGAGGAAGCAGAAGCCGGGUCCUGCCGUGGCUAAUGGGACAGAGAACCAAGGCACCGCGACCGACGCCGGCUCGUUUCCCACAGCAACGGGCACCACAUCCUCUCUCGGCUUGUUGGGGGCGUAUUCGGACAGCGAGGACAGCGCGAGUGACUGAUGAGCGACCGAGCCAGCCCAGAGCAGGGAUCACGGGCUGUUCCCCCCCUCCCAGCAGCUGCUCUCCAGAGCCCCAGCGCAGAGCUGGCGUCACAGCCGUCGGGCCCAGCGGGGUUUCCCGGCCAUCUGGAGUCCCAGCGUCUUCACCUGUCCGGCCCGGGGUAUGCGUCCGUCCUCCGACAGGGACGAGGCCCCAGCCGCCCUCCCUGGCUAACAACCACCAGCAGACCAAACCCAGAUGAGCCGGUUGAGAAGAUGGCUUCCUCGGAGGAGGAGGGUAUCGCUGCCGUGUUGCAGCCGGUGGAAAGCCCCGACGCUGUCCCAGGCUGGCUGUGCCCAAACCCAGCUUCCAGCCAGCCCCAGAGCAUGAUGUGUCCCAGCCCUGCACCCAUAAUGUGAUCGGAAGCGCCGGGGCCGGCUGGGACCGUGUGGUUUCUCCGCUCUGGUGGUGCCCACUGCCCUCACCCCCGCGCUGGUCGUGCCUGGGCCUGGGUACGCGACUCACCGACCCUCCCACGGCAAUAAAGGGACCUCGGGGCUUCCCUUCCCUCCUGCUCUGCGUCCCUGCAGGGAGCAGGGGGAAGGCAGGAGCUCAGCACCCCUCUUUUGCCACGGGAGGAACUACCACCACCACUUCUCUGGCCCUGGGUGUCUCCUGAACCCCCCCGUGGGGCUCAGAUCCCACCUUUGUGGGGCAAGCCCAAAUCCCCCAUUGUUUUGCUGUUAGAGGUGACGCAUUCUGCAGCACGGACACGGGGAGGGGGCUCAUCUAGCCCCACGCUGCGGGGACGGGGCUGUCCUGCCGCCAGCCUCCCUCCCCUGCCCAAGUCCUCCCACGUCCCAACCGUCCCCGGCAGCUUGGUGACAAACCCCUCCCCGCCGUGCGGAGAGCAACUGGGUUUGCUCGGCUCACCGGCAGCCACGAUCCGGUAAUAAAUUGGAUGUGUCAGAGCCAGUUG